UUUUGCCUAUUUUGCAUAGGUUUGACCUAUGUUCCAUGUUGCAUGUGUAGAAGUGACUUUGUGAGAAAGAAUUAUUGAAGAAGAUGAAUGAAGCAAUACAGAAGAAAUUUCAGCAGGAAGUGGAGAGGCUAAAGGGUUUACAGAAAGAUUCCCAGAAGAUCAUUCAGAGUCGUCAACAAUUGGAUGCACAACUGAAUGAGAAUACUCUUGUCCUAGAGGAGCUCCAGAAGCUUGAGUCAGAUGCCAAUGUCUUCAAACUCAUUGGGCCUGUGCUUGUCAAGCAAGAUACAGAAGAAGCAAAGCAGAAUGUCCAAAAGAGGAUAGAGUAUAUUCAAGGGGAACUGAAGCAUUGUGAUACCACUCUGAAGGAUCUCAAUGAGAAGCAGGAAUCACAUAAAGAAUCGAUUGGAAAGCUCCAGCAACAGAUGCAGCAGAUGCAAGUUAAGGCAGCAAUGAAAGCAUAGGACAGGUUCUAAUUGCUUGCCCUCUGUGUUUCAUCUGAUGUUGCUUGAUGUGCAGAGGGAAUCCUUUCAUUUGGCAAAUUGAAGUUCAUAGGGAUUUUGUGUGAAAGCAAUGUCAUGGUUGAGUUUUUUACUAUUGAAUUUUUAAAUGAAGAACUGAGUGGCCAUUCACAACUGGCUAAUCUGAAAUCACCUGCAGCACUUUUUCUGAGUGGGGUAACUGGCUUCAGUCUAAGAGGGUUUGCAAGAAGAUGUCAUAAUGACUUGACAGCAUAUUUUUAACUUGAGUGAAGCACUUGAUCACUGCCUCCAAUAACUACUGCCAUCUUGUACCUUGAAUUUGGUUGGUCAUUUAUGAAAUUAUGUCGUUGAUGGAAUUCAUGAAAUGUUAUUAUAUGUUGGAUAUAAUGGCAUUUUCAGAGCCAAAUUUUAUUGUUCUAUUUGAUAAGGGUGCCCUUUUGAUGACCAAAUUUAUUGUCCUUUUUGCAAAGCUGUUGUGGUACCAAGUCCUGGGAUCCUUAUUGGAUACCCCUUCCAUGCACCUUCAAUCUGAAAUUUAUUCAUGAGUCCUUCAGAAGCUAAUGCAUAAUGUGGCUGAAAUGCAACUCUACUUGUAUCCCAAAGCCUUACUAUUGUGCCAUUGCACUGACCAUCAAAACCUAUUGGCAAGCAGAUGGGAUUCACCCUCUGCAUCUCCAUCUACUAAUCUGAUUUCAAUGUAGACCUUGUAAACGAGUUUGCCUAUUCUUUUGUGAUUGUCUCCUUGGGGAACUUGAGAUCUUACAUGCAAUACAAGGUCUACUCAUGGUCCACAAAUGAAACAAUCCAUCUUUCUGACCAAAGAUGGGGUAUUGCAUCAGAUAAUAUCUAAUUUUCUCAUUAAAUGAUUGAGAAUGUUUCUUUUGGCCCAGAACAAAGCAGGAAUUUGCAGCAACCAACCCAGAUUCUACCAAUAUCAGAGAAGUUGUGCAUCUGAAAAGAUUCCUUAUGCAACCUAUCAUGUAUUUCAUCUGUUGAGGUACGAGGCAUC